CCUCGCGCUACGUACUUUCCUGGGCGGGAACAGCAAAAUGGCGCCAGAACUGGUGGCGGGCUGAUACCCUGGCCCCCUGGAAGCCUGCGCUGCGGUUACUGGGCCGCCCCGGCCCCUCCCGGACAUGGAGGACGUGGAGGCGCGCUUCGCGCAUCUUCUGCAGCCCAUCCGCGACCUCACCAAGAACUGGGAGGUGGACGUGGCGGCCCAGCUGGGCGAAUAUCUGGAGGAGUUGGACCAGAUCUGCAUUUCUUUUGACGAAGGCAAAACUACGAUGAACUUCGUUGAGGCAGCGCUAUUGAUCCAGGGCUCUGCCUGUGUCUACAGUAAGAAGGUGGAAUACCUGUACUCGCUGGUCUACCAGGCCCUUGAUUUCAUCUCUGGCAAGAGGCGGGCCAAGCAGCUCUCCUCCGUGCAGGAAAACGGGGCAAGUGGGGACACCGGCUCCGGGGCCCGCCAGGAGGUGGCGGAUGACGAGUUCCUGUCGCUGGAUGACCUGCCUGACUCCCGUUCUAACGUGAAUCUGAGGACUGACCACGCCCCCAGCGAGGUCCUCAUCGUCCCCCUCCUGCCCAUGGCCCUGGUAGCUCUGGAUGAAAUGGAGAGGAAUGCCAGCCCCCUGUACAGCUGUCAGGGGGAGGUACUGGCCAGCCGGAAGGAUUUCAGGAUGAACACGUGCACCCCUCACCCCAGAGGAGCCUUCAUGUUGGAGCCGGUGGGCAUGUCGUCUAUGGAGACACUGCUGCCGAGGACGGAGGCUGGGAGGGCUGAGGAACAGCCAAUGGAAGUCUCUCUGUGCAGGAGUCCAGGCCCUGUGCCCAGUAUCUCCCAGGAGCCAGGCACCUCUCCAGAAGGUCCAGUGCCCGGAGUUGGGGGUGAGGAUGAGGAUGCAGAGGGGGCGGCUGAGCUCCCUGAGGUCACAGACCCCGAGGUCUCUCUCCAGCCCCAGGAACCGAGGAGCCUGCAGCAGAGCACUGCCCAGCCUAAGAGGUGUACCCUGCGGGAGCGGCCACAAGUCCCGGAGCCCUUGUCCCAGCUGAAGGAGACCCCAGACCCCUGGCAGAGCCUGGACCCCUUCAACUCUCUGGAAUCUAAGCCCUUCAAGAAAGGGAGGCCCUACUCUGUGCCUGCCUGCGUGGAGGAGGCUCCAGGACAGAAACGCAAGAGGAAGGGUGCCACCAAGCUGCAGGACUUCCACCAGUGGUACCUGGCCACCUAUGCCGACCAUGCUGACAGCAGGAGACGCCGGCGAAAAGGCCCAUCCUUUGCUGACAUGGAGGUUCUGUAUUGGAAGCACGUGAAGGAGCAACUGGAGACCCUCCGGAAGCUGCAGAGGAGGGAGGUGGCUGAGCCGUGGCUGCCCAGGGCUGAGGAGGGGCUGUGGCCUGAGGAGGACCGCCUGGAGGACUCCCUGGAGGCAGCAGCAGAUGACUUUCUGGAACCUGAGGAGUACGUAGAGCCCGAGGGGGCAGAGCUUGGGAAAGCCGCAGACCCCGAAGCAGAGGCCGUGCCAGUGUCCCUGAGUUAUGAGGAGCUGGUCCGAAGGAAUGUGGAGCUCUUCAUCACCUCCUCGCAGAAGUUUGUCCAGGAGACAGAGCUGGGCCAGCGUGUCCGGGAGUGGGAGGACAGCGUCCAGCCCCUGCUCCAGCAGCAGGAGCAGCAGGUGCCCUUUGACAUCCAUACUUAUGGGGACCAGCUGGUCUCAAGGUUCAGCCAGCUCAACCAGUGGUGCCCCUUUGCAGAGCUGGUGGCUGGCCAGCCUGCUUUCGAGGUGUGUCGCUCCCUGCUGGCCUCUCUGCAGCUGGCCAACGACUACACAGUGGAGAUCAGCCAGCAGCCGGGGCUGGAGGCAGCUGUGGACACCAUGUCCCUGCGACUGCUCACACACCAGCGGGCCCACAAGCGCUUCCAGACCUACACGGCCCCUUCCAUGGCCCAGCCCUGAGUCAGGGACCAGUGGUGGGCCUGGGGGCCGGCCCCCAAGGAUGCUGGGCACACACCUGCCCAUGUCCCCCCUUCCUGGCUGGCCCAGCCUAAUAAAGUGGUGUUGCCAUCCUG